AUGGCUGAGGCACUGCCACCUGUGGCAGAUGGCAAUAAGAAGCUCUUUCCCUGUGAAGUCUGUGGGAGAUGCUUCGCAGCAGAUGUUCUGGAAAGACAUGAGCCGAUAUGUAAAAAACUAUUCAACAAAAAACGAAAGCCCUUCAACUCCUUGAAGCAAAGAUUACAGGGAACUGACAUUCCCACUGUAAGUAAGCCUCCACAGACCAAGGCUCAGCCCAUGAAGAAAUCCAACUGGAGACAGCAGCAUGAGGACUUCAUCAAUGCAAUUCGAUCAGCAAAACAAUGCACUCUAGCCAUUAGAGAGGGCAGGCCCCUGCCUCCUCCAUCCCCACCAACCAUUAACCCAGAUUAUAUUCAGUGUCCAUAUUGUAUGAGAAGGUUUAAUGAAAUGGCUGCCCAGCGACACAUUAAUUUCUGCAAAGACCAGUCCUCUCGACGCGUCUUUGACCCAGCCCAAACAGCAGCCAAACUGGCAUCUAGAGCUCAGGGUAAAGCCCAGGCAAGUCCCAAAAAACAACCAACUGUUACCAGUGCUGUGGGAAGCCUGCUGCAGAGCAGGGCUGUGGAAGCCAAGAACGAAGUCACGACCAGUCCAAGUAAGUCAGGGCAUGUCCAGUCAUGA